AUGCUCCUUCGCCGCUCUAUUUCGGCAACGUUGCACUUUCUCUCUCAUUCUCUGCUCUCCUCUUUCUCCCAAUUCAACCCCAACGUAGGACGACAGAUUGUUCACCGUCUCUUGUUGUCUCCCGUUGACGAUGCUCAUCUCCUUGUACAUCCUUUUGUCUUCGACCGAGUGUACCAAACGAGUCUGUUUCCAUCUGCGUCCUACUUGGUCCUGCCGAUUCUCCGCAUCACAAUCUCUCAACUCUUAAUCCCAGGCUUCCGUUGCAGAUUGGGCUUGAGGCCAAAGCCGUCUGUUGCAUUCCUGCUCGGCUUUCCUUCAAUUAAUCCACAUUCUCAUCAACUUGACUCAGUUCAUGUUAAAGCCAAGUUGGCAGUUUGCCUCAAUGUUGUCAGAUCACACCGUGCAAGGUUAUUUUGCAUUGUUGAUCUUUUCUCUUGA